GGUCCAUCUCCCUAACCACCCCAUGCCUUCUUUUUCAGAUUCCUCCUCUGCAGCCACCCAUUCCUGCCCCAUGGAUUUCAACCUGCUGGCAGACGCAGAGGCUCGCAGCCCAGCCCUGUCCCUCUCGGAUUCUGGCACCCCCCAGCACGAGCACAGCUGCAAGGGGCAGGACCAUAGCGAUACCGAGAAGUCCCAGCAAAACCAGACAGACGACUCCAACCCUGAGGACGGCUCGCUCAAGAAGAAGCAGCGGAGGCAGCGGACUCACUUCACCAGCCAGCAGCUCCAGGAGCUGGAAGCCACGUUCCAGAGGAACCGCUACCCGGAUAUGAGCACCAGGGAGGAGAUCGCAGUCUGGACCAACCUGACAGAGGCACGAGUGAGGGUCUGGUUCAAAAAUCGCAGGGCUAAGUGGAGGAAACGGGAGAGGAACCAGCAGGCUGAGCUCUGCAAGAACAGCUUUGGAGCCCAGUUCAAUGGACUGAUGCAGCCCUAUGACGACGUGUAUUCUAGCUAUUCCUACAACAACUGGGCCACCAAAGGGCUCGCCACCAGCCCGCUCUCUGCCAAGAGCUUCCCAUUCUUCAACUCCAUGAACGUCAGCCCCCUCUCCUCCCAGCCCAUGUUCUCCCCACCCAGCUCCAUCGCCUCGAUGACCAUGCCUUCGUCCAUGGUCCCUUCUGCAGUGACUGGCGUCCCGGCCUCCAGCCUCAACAACCUGGGAAACAUCAACAACCUGAACAGCCCAAGCCUCAACUCCGCCGUCUCAUCCAGUGCCUGUCCUUAUGCCUCCACAGCCAGCCCCUACAUGUACAGGGACACGUGCAACUCCAGCCUGGCAAGCCUGAGGCUGAAGGCCAAGCAGCACGCCAACUUCACCUACCCAGCGGUGCAGACGGCAGCUUCCAACCUGAGCCCUUGCCAAUAUGCCGUGGACAGGCCUGUAUGAAGUGCUGCUCUCUGCUGACUGGGGACUUGACCUUAGCCUGACACAAGGAGACCUUUAGCCCUACAACAGCGUACAUCCUGCAGAGUGAGAGUGGAAGCGAGAGAGAGCAAAAGAGCAUGAGAGAGCAAGAGCGUGCGGCAAGCAGGCAGAUGGACCUCUAUGAAGAUUUGUCUAACUAUCGUAUGGUGAAUUUUGACUGUCUUUCCCCUCCCAACCCCUCUCCCUUCCUGGCCACCAAACACUUACACUUACCCUCCCCGUUGGUAAGGAAACCAAAACAGUCUGCUGGAAGCCCCGUGGGGAAGCAGGAGCCCAGCAGGCAGCGUGCCCUGCCUGUGAGAAGCUGAGCUCAGCAUAUUUCAGCCUGGCCCUCCAGUCCCCCUCCCUAGCACAGCCGGGUGCCACCACAGAGGGAUGCAGGGAUGGGGUGACAUGAGGCUUCUCUCCAGUGCUUGGCCAACCCCUUCCUUCUCUCCACACACACAAGGUUUGUGUGGAGAGAUGGCAGAACAUCUCGCCCACCUACUUAUCAGGCAGCCAGUCGUGGUCUUGGUUGAUUGGCUUCCCGUGAAAGUGCAUCUAUAGGCAUGGCCUUUCAGACUUGAAGCCUUUAAGAACUGAGAGUUGUAAGGAUAUAAAAUAUGUGUGUGCAUAUAUACCUAUAUAUAUACACAUACAUAUAUAUAGACCUAUAUAUUAAAAUACACCUUUUUGUUUUGUACAGGAAGUAACCUGUGAAGUAGACCUUAAAAACAAAAACCCCAUAAAGCAAGCGUGACCACCAAGGUGGUGUGCUGCCUGCCAUGCUUCACUGCUCCACUCAUUUCCAGUCAGACAGGAAUAACUUUGCCAGUAUACAUCUAAAGCAUCCCCUUCUGCAACAAUCAGCUCCCCCUUGCACAUCUCCAUCCCUUCCUCAAAUCCCAUUUCAAAAAAAGGAAAUAAAAUAAAAGUUGGCACAGUCCCUCUAAGGCUCCUGCCUGCCUGGUUAUUGAGAGCACGACUCUAUGACUAAAGAUUCAAAAAGCAAGCAUCAGUAUCAAGUCCAAGCCGCAGGUGUGUGCAGGCUGAGCACUCCGUGCUAAGGAUUCCCCAUCACGCUGCAUGGGGACAGUGCCUCUGAGACCCUGCAGCACUCCUGGCUCCAAACAGCACCUCCAGGAGGGGCUGCAGCCACCUGCUCGGCUUGCCUGGCCCUGUGCUGUUCCUUUUGGGAAAGCUGCGAAACAGAGCUGCUCUCCUGGGAGGUGCAUGCACAACAGGACAUGUGGCUUCUGCCAAUGCAGCGGGACACAGUGGGGCUCUCCGAGGACUGAAGAAAGCUAUGUGUAGUGGGAUGUCCCCACUCAGUGCAGCCUCCUUCUGCAUGGGGCACAUACUUCAGGGGCAAGCACAACCCUGAUACGUCAGCAAGACAAACCAUCCUGCGUGGGUGAGUGGGACAGGCAAAACUGGGGCAAAUCAGGUUUCUGCAACAUUGCCAGCAUGCAGAGAGGAAGCAAACUCUGCUAGGAAGGGAUCCUUGCUAGUAGACAAGGAGCGUAGUCCCUUUUGCACAGCACGUAAACCACUUCGUCUUUACCAUAGCCUGCUCCACAGGGAGCAGCUGCUGCUGAAGGUAUUGGUGAACAGAUGCUGAAAGCAGUCACAGAUGCCAGCCCAACAACGCUAUAGCUAAACUAUGCUUUGCUCUGAGCUAAACCAAAAUAAGGAACCCUGCACUGAAACAGCUACUGCUAGAAGCACAAUUCCACCUGCAAGCAAGCAAGCAUCAACAAGCAAGGACUGAGCAUCAACAUCUAAAGCACAU